CAAAGAGAAUAAGAUCCAAAGCUAAAGUGUCUAUAAAGCCUUAAACAUCUAACAUCAUAUAAGAUCAUUUAUAUCAUGAACACACUUCAUUUAUAAAUAAAUAUCCAUAUUUGAUUAGCCUCACACUAGUAUCAGUAAAACCUGAUCAGACUGAUAUAUAAACAUUACUAAUUAUAUUUUUAUUCCUGAUUUAAUCAGCACUUCUCCCUUCAAGCCUGUGAAACCUGUGAAGAUGAAGUUCAGAAGCUCGCUGAUGAUUACACUGAUGUUCUUUUUGGUGUUUCUGUGCAAGAUAGCUCCAGCAGAUGUGGAGAACAAGUGCAAAGAUAAUUGCUCGAGCAUCUUCAACAAUAAGCCGAUCAAUUGCCAAUGUAGUUGCCAGAACAUCUGCAGCAGUGGACAGGACAGUUGCAGAAAAUAUGGGAAAGACGUCUGCAAAGUUUGGAACAUCGAGUGCAUAAGUAAAUGCCAUGACAUCUGCAAAGGAAAUUGCAAAAGCAGUCCAGAAACCAAUUGUACAGUUCAAGUUCAAACCUGUCCAGCAGAAUACAGUAGCUGUACUGAUUGUCUGGACAAAUGCAAGAACUGCCAUGGAAGUGAUGACCUGUGCCCGAGUUUGUGUUCUGAAAUUUGUUCACCUUGUGUACUGAGUGCAGACUGUGACCGAAUUGUACUGAUUGAUGGAGGAUUUACUGGACAAAUACAAAGCACUGAUACAAACCAGAGAUGUGUAAAUUCUACUGAUAAUAUCUCCAGUUGCCUGGAUAACUCUACUGGAUCACCACCAUCCAACAUGUCAACCUGCAUUUUAUCAUUUGAAACUGAUGAACACAAUGUGACAAAUGAAGAAUGCAGGUUCUCAGACAGCGGUGUGUGGUUAUUAAACAACACUAUUAACAACACGCUACAAAUCAACAUCACCAGGAACAAAACCCUCAGACCCAAUAAACCCAUCUGCUUCGUGACAGGAUGUCAGACCUGCAGCCAGACAAGUGAUUUGCUGACCAGCUGCCCUCAAUCUAAUAGAAGCUCUACCUGUGAGAACGUGACCUGUGUGGAUCCAAGGACGUUUUGUCAAAAUGCUACCUAUGAUCCGAACUGUACCGAAAACGAUUCAAACUAUGACAUCAUCACCUUAAAUGGAUCGUAUACAGAGUGCUCCAAGUGUGGAAAUCCCUUUCAGAAAACUGAUGGAGACGUGAAGAUUAAUUUCACGCUGCCUAAAGACCCCAGCAGUAAUACCAGCUAUUUUGCAGAGAUGAAGAAAAUAAAUCAAAUGAUUUUAGAACAGAUGGGGAAUAAAUCCUCGGUGUCCGUCUCCUUCGAUGAUGUUGAGGGAAUUUUUGUCAAACAGCAAAAGGAGGAAGACUUUAAAUCCAUCUACUUUAUGUACUCCAGAGACAUCAACUUUAAUAUCAUCGAAGAUAAAACCCAGUUGACGAAUUUUAGCAGGACGUUCUCCAUCCCGAAGGAGGCUUUUGAAAAAGCGUCCAAUAUAAACAAUGAGACCCUUUUUGCAUCGUUGUUACGAUUUCCCGAUUUUCCAAAGGACAAUAUGAACAGCACCCUGCUAAACAAUGAGGUUUACUCCAUUGACAUGGGAGAAGAAAUCUCAAAUCUCACCACCUCCUUCAAUCUAACCUUCAGGAACAUUCUCCCGAAUUCCGGCAGUGCUUCGUGUAACUCUUGGGAUGGACGAGGACCUACACCGAACUGGACGACUGAUGGAUGUAACACUUCCCAUAUUAGUGACCAAGUGACCUGCUCUUGCCAGCACUUAACCUUCUUCGCUGUGUUGAUGAGCAUUCCAAACAAAAUGUCAGCCUCUGACAUCAAAAACCUCACCUACCUCACCUCCAUCGGGUGUGGCCUGUCCCUCUUCUUCCUCAGCAUAGCUCUGUUCAUGCACUUCCUGUUAAGGAAAGGCCAAGCCACUGUUUCAGUCCACAUCCUCAUCAACCUGUUCAUGGCUCUGUUCCUGCUCAACCUCAGCUUCCUCGUCAACGAGUCUGUAGCUAAAAUAAGGUCUGAGGCCGCCUGUAAGUUAAUGGCAGGGUUGAUGCACUACUUCAUGCUGUCCACUUUCACAUGGUUCGGCCUGCAGGCGCUGCAUCUGUGUUUACAGCUCACACUAAAUGUGGUCAGGAUCCAGAAUUAUGUCAUCAAACUAUGCGUCACCGGCUGGGUGCCUCCUGCCCUUGUGGUGACGGUCAUUUUCAUUUCUCAGAAAUAUGGCAUGGAGAAUAUCGUCUCUGAUACGGGAGAAACAGUCUCAAUGUGCUGGAUCGCUGACCCAACCGUGCACUACGUCGUGAACAUCGGCUACUACUCUGCCAUCUUCCUCUUCACCUUCCUGACCUUCGUGGUGAUGCUGCGCUGGCUCUGGCUGCUCAGGCAUCAAAAAUGCCCCACCAUCACCAGUUCAGGGAAAUCGUCCAGACCCUCAGACGCUCUGACCAUCAUGGGCUUGUGCUGCAUCCUGGGACUGAGCUGGGGCUUCGCUUUCUUCGCUUACGGCCCGAUGCAAAUCCCCGCCUACUACAUCUUUACCGUCCUCAACUCCUGCCAGGGUUUCUUCCUGUUCAUUUAUUAUUACAAGUCCAGUAGGCUGGUUGGUGAAGCUGAAACACUGGCAGAGGAAAGCAGCUCAACCACGGUGGUGGAAAACCCAUACAAGAAACCAAAAAUGUUCUAAAUCCACGAUCAGUGGGCGUGAUUAAAACCGCUUUGAAUUUGAAUAAGUGUGACAUACAUUUAUUCAAAAUACUCCUUACUUCAGCAUAUUACUGCAAUUUAGUUAAGUGUAGGUUUAAUAUGUUCACUGGUAUAGUUUCCUCUCUCUCUCUCUCUCUCUCUCUCUCUUUCUAUCACUAUCUCUCUCUCUUAAAUUCAAUUUUAAUUGAUAAAUAAUAAACAUAGAACUUUAUUUUUUAUAUGAUGUUACUCCAUUCUAGUUUUAUUUUUAGCUUGUGUCUAUAGAGUGUAUAUGAGCUUACAAGGAAGUUUGGAUGAAAAAUGAUAAUUUGUAAAUAAGACAAAAAGUGGCUUUUUUUCAUUUUUCUCUGGUUUGUUCCACAACUGGUGAUUUUCUAGCUACUGUAUGUACUGUGGGUUUAAUGAUGUUACCAACUUUUACUUUGUAUUUCCUGACUGCAUAAAAAUGCUCAAUCAUUCCAUUACUUUGGAUUCUUCUGUCAGAAUAAAUUGACAUGAACAUGUGCUCAUUGAAAUAAAUUCACAUAUAUCA